CUGGUAUCGAUGAUAUCACUAUUCUUGAAUAUCAAGAUCGUAUCGGUGGACGUGUCUAUACUCAUUACUUUACUGAUGAUCCUGAUGAUGAAAGACGUUUAUAUGGCGAACUUGGCGCAAUGAGAUUACCUUACGUUCAAGAUCGGCCAGAACUUAGUCCACAUCAACUAGUCUUUGAUACAAUUGAUUAUCUGAAUGCACAUU